GAGGUCACAUGUGCCGAAUCCAAAAGUUACUAGUAACAAGCCAUGUCGCAUUGUGAAGUAUUGUUUGGUAGCAGCUUUAUAAUCCUUGCAUUGUACUUGUGAGUUUUUGAGAGUUUCUGUUUUAAUUUCGUUGCAGGAUGUCAGAAUAGCCUCCCAUAGUACUGUACCUGUUUUAAUGUUAACUGUUUACCACCACCUUUGACCUUGGGUUUUGAACGGGGUGAAAUCGGGGAGGAUGGGGCCACACCAGGUGUUUCUCUUCGCUCCACAAGCCUGUCACCCAAACCCGGAUGUUCCUUCCGUGCGCAGCGCUUUUAGAUGUGACGUUCCAGUGGAUGUCGCACAUGAUAGAGGUGACUGUGUUAAGACCCACUUAGGUUCUAAGAAUAGGGCGUCUUAUAUUGUUUUAGCCGCUGGCCUUGAGAAGGAGAUGACAAAGGAGGAUGUUUCAGAGCCCGUGGAGGAAGUUGCUUCUUUGGACUGCGUCACUACAUUUUCUCCUCAUCAGCAUCCGGUCAUCCAUCAGGUGGCCUCUGCACCAAUGCCUGACGACUGUGAAUUCUCCUUCUUUGACCCCAGCGAGCCACAGUGCAGGGAGGUUCUGCAAGAGCCCACCACCACCAUACCGGAACUGUUUGCUGUCCUUAGGCAGUGGGUUCCCCAGGUUCAGAAGAACAUUGAUCUGAUUGGCAAUGAGAUACUGAACAGAGGUUGUGGUGUAAAUGAUCGAGAUGGUCUGACAGACAUGAGCCUUCUGCACUACUGUUGCAAGGCGGGAGCCCCGGGCAUUGGUGAUGCAGAUACAGCUUCCGGUUUUGCCCGCCACCUUCUCGCACUGGGAGCUGAUCCAAACCUCCGCUCCCGUUGGACAAACAUGAGGGCUCUGCAUUACGCUGCCUACUUUGAUGUGCCCCAGCUCAUUCGAGUGGUAUUGCAGGCUUCUCAACCUGGAGACGUAGAUGCGACCUGCAGUGACUUUGACUUUGGCACCGCCCUGCACAUUGCUGCGUCUAACCUGUGCACAUCAGCUGUCUCAUGUCUCUUGGAGCUGGGGGCCAAUCCUGCUUUCAAAGAUGAUAAGGGCCAGUACCCAGCUGAUGUUGUUCCUGAUCCUCUCAAUAUGCCCUUAGAGAUGGCAGAUGCUGCUGCUCUGGCCAAAGAGCUGCGGACUUUACUUAGAGUGGAUUUGCCACAGCCCAGCUCCUUGCCUUUAACAUUGCAAGUCCAGACCCCUCCUGCUCUUUCCGAAAAAGCCCGGAUAAAGCUCGCCUCCAUGGGAAUCCAACUCGGUGACCGUGUGGUGAUAGCUGGGCAGAAGGUUGGAACUCUGCAAUUCUGUGGCAACACGGAGUUCUCUGGUGGUCUCUGGGCUGGAGUUGUGCUUGACAAGCCAGAGGGGAAGAAUGAUGGGUCUGUAGCGGGCAUCCAGUAUUUUACCUGUCAAGUCAAACAUGGUGUAUUUGCUCCUCUCUCCAAGAUAAGGAAACCUUUGGAAAGAUACAAAAGUGCCAAUAAGUUGCCCGCACCCGCACGCCAUCGUCGCAUUGGCCUGUCCACCAUUCCCACAAAGAGUAACCCCUGUUCAGGUGGUCUCGCCCAUUCACUCUCCUCUUCGUCUUCCUCACUGGAAUCUCGUCAUGGACGGAGUCCUCGACCUCGUCCGCAUCACAGGCAACGUCUUACUGCCAGACAACUUACUGCCCUUGGCCUCCACCCCUCUUCCGGCAUGCCUGCAAAUGCCACAGCCGGCUAUCGAAGCCAAACCGCGUCAGCUAGCAGCUCUGUGCAUGGUGGCCCUGAGAUGCGCCUAGGGGAUAGGGUGCUGGUCGCUGGCCAGAGAACUGGCGUCGUCCAUUUCUAUGGGAAGACGUGCUUUGCUCCAGGCCACUGGUUGGGCAUCGCGCUGGACACACCCAGUGGGAAAAAUGACGGAUCCGUGGGUGGAGUCAGAUACUUUAAUUGCCCACCAAGACAUGGGGUCUUUGCUCCUCCCUCGCGUGUUCAACGCAUCCACGGAUCUGUUGAUUGCCUCUCGGAGCUCUCCUCGUCACAUCUCAACCAUCCAUCAAUCAGCGGGGUGAUUCGCCGCAGCUUCAGCACCUCAUCUGCAAUUGCUCCACCCAAGGAGACGAUCAGGAGAAACCCUGUGAGCAGAUGUCGUUCCAACCCCCGUCGCCACCGCAGGAGCACAUUGAGUGGAGGCAGCAGCAGCAGCAUUCCGAGAAGUAGCGCCGGAACCGUCUACAGUUCUGACAACAAGGUCCACCUCCAUGAGGGCAUGCAGGUCUUGUUGAACAGUGCCAAUGAAAUGGCCUGCAUCCGUUACAUGGGCACGGCUGACUUUGCUCCAGGCCUUUGGCUGGGUCUGGAGCUCCGAGGUCCCAAGGGAAAGAACGACGGUUCUGUCGGCGGCCGCCGCUACUUCACCUGCCGCCCGGGCCACGGCGUGCUUGUCCGUCCAAGCCGUGUUACCUAUCGUGGCAUCAAUGGUUCGCACUUGGUGGAUGAAAACAGUUGAGAAAUGGAACUUUUCACAGAAGGGUACAAUCAAAAGUGGAAUCUGGAGUUGAAACGAAGCCACCGUUUAAAAAGCAAUUAUCAUGACUCAGUUUUUUUUGUUUGUUUGUUUGUUUGUUUCUGAAUAUAUUAGCUGAAAGCAACAAUUUCAUAGCCUGAAUCCAGCUACUUGUUUAGAAAACAGAAUGAAUGCACUUUAUCGAAUUAGCUUUGAAUUCCCAUUUGAAAUCGUUUCAGCGGGAAAUGGUGGAAGGAAUUUAAUCGGAUGUUAAGCAUUGCACUACUUCUAAUCGGAUUGCACUGACAAAAGUUAAUUUCUUAGAUCAGAACAUGUUUAUCAGAUGUUAGGGUUAGGAACACGCUGUGACUCAAGGUAUGUUUGCGUGGGUAUAUGUUUUCAUUAUUGGAAACAACCUGUGAUAUAUGGCUGUCAUAUUUUGCAGAAUAGACUCAAAAGCUCUUUCACUUGAGGAGUUUUUGUGACACUCAUUUUAAGCCAAAAAUUCAGGUGACGUUCGAACAGUGGAGCCCCCAAAGUAGUUUUUAAUCAAAAAUGUUUGCCUCUUACGAAUUAUGUCAAAAUGCAAUGACUGAGCAGUACGUCAUGUUUCGGCCUGCGACCUUUGCUUUUGUUUCCGUUGUGUUCUGGAAUACAAAAAUAGCAGUUUGAAUCACAUAUUUUGACAGGAAUAUAUUCACUCAUUUUAAAUGAGAAAAUUAAAUUCUUUUUUUCCUAGUUUGGACUGUUGUUUAAGGCUUCAUCUUUUAAUAGAGUGUAACAUUAGGCCCGUCGCACAGCGAGCAACGGCGCCGAAACUGACGGAACUGUCUCGCAGAGUGGCCGGGUUUUGCAGCUACUUUUCAGGCGUUGCAACAGACUACCAGCCAUUUUUUUUACCUCAGUGCAAAAAUUUGAAUCGCAUUUCAUCUUCGCAGGUGUAACGUCCAAUCAAAAAUGCGAUAUUUUCACAACAACGUUGACAACCAAAAAAAACCCUGACAUAUCCAGAUAUGUGACUGUCAAUGUGCAGCCGCCAUUGACAAGUUCUACCAAUAAACUUGCAGUACAGUUGAUGUGUUUUAAAAUGAUACUUAACUUUUUAUUAUUUCAUGUGAACCUAUGGACAAAAGAGAAAACUCUGUCUCAGAAAUGGUAGAGUACAGUGACUGAAUGGAAGCAACAGGCUCUGUCUUACCCAUAGUCUUCUUUUAUUCCUCACCUAUUUCUUCUCUUCAUCUUAGUAGAAUCAAGGGUGCACAUAACAAUUUUACUGUGGUUCUCAAAUGAGCGCCAGAGGUUGUUGUUUGGUGGAUGUUUUAUUUUGCAGACCCUCCGACUCUGUGGAUAAACUUAAAAACUUAAGGGCACAUCGAGGCAAAAUAGGGCCUGUGGGCCAUUUGCGGCCCGUCUUCAGUCUCUGAACCGGCCCUCGAGGCCUUUAUCAAUUGAACUCAAAUGUUGACUAUGCACUGCUUUUAUUUUGAUGUGCUUGCAUGUCAGCAGUAUGAGCGAACAAAAGCAGCGAAUUGUCUUUCGUGUUGCCAACUGAAAGAAAGAUUUUGUCGCUGUAUUCAGUGGUGUUUCCAAUCAUUCUGAUUUUUACUGAUUUUACUGCUUUACUGUUGUAUAUGUUAGUUGCUCCAUGUACAGCACUUUGUAUGCAGCGAUGGCUGUUUGAAAGUGCUCUAUAAAUAUAGUUGAGUUGAGUUGAGAUUCUAGUAUUUGAGUGAAAAAAAGGUUCUUCACACCAGCUGUUAUCCUCACUUUAGCAAAUUCUUAUUUCCUGCACAUUGGAGAGAAGAGAAUUUGCCUUGUUAAUGCUUUGGGGUCUGAAGAGUGGAUAAUAAUGGUUUAUGCCAAUAUUGUCAGCACACCUAAAAAAAAAGGGUGGUGGGGGCGACUGAUUAUAAUUUUUUGCAACGGUUUAACAUUAUUUCAUAAUUGCAACAACUGAUGCUAUUGCCUCACAAGUGACAGCUUAUUAAAACAAUACAAUUCACUGCUUUUGGAAAAACAAAACAUUGAAUUGAUAUCAAUUGAGUUAGCGUUUCGGUGUCGCCCCUGGAGUCAAAUAUAACGAUAUGAAGCCAAAACAGAAGAUGAGCCUGUAUUUCAAUUUAGUCUUUCUUUAAAAUAUGUGUCAGAUAAAAUCAUAAUUGAAAUUUUCAAAGCAAUGAAUUAUGUUUAAACUGAUUCCAUACUGUUCAACAAUGUGAUAGGGGGGAAAAAAAGAAAAUUGAUUCAUUGUUAUUUUUUACAUAUCUUUUUUUAAAUUAAAGUAUUUUUCUUCCCUUUAUAUUUCAUAUAUAAUGAAAACUCAGAUUAUAAAAUGACCAGUUUGGUAUGAUGUUUGACGUUUCCAACAAACAAAUGCGUUUUCAAAUCGGUAAACAAUUCAACGGGUUAGGAGAGCUCCCCUUGGAGUCCCGGUUCAAGAUGGCGGCAAGGCCUGCACGUCCACAACUUUCCGAGAUUUCCUCUCGUGGAAUUGCAUUCCUAUAGACUUCUUUUACGCAUGUGUGCUAAUGGAGAGCUGUACUGCUACACGCUGGCAGCGGCACAGUACUUUCUGGACGCCAGCGUUCACUUUGAAUCGCUUUUACAUACAUCAAAUAUAUUAGACUGUUGAACGUCAGCAUGUGCAAAACAAGUGUGUAAUAAAACACGUUCAUGAGCGAGCGAAACACAAACAGCAACGUCUCUUCUGUGAUUGCAGAUGCCAACUGCCUGAGACUGCAAUGAAUGUGUGCGUGGUAAUUGGAGUGCAGGGUACCUGCGAUGCUUUCCCAUGUAUUUGAACAUUCUGCUAUUUAAUGAUGAAAUAAUUGAUAUUGUUGGAUUGAGAAAGAAUAUUUGCUUUACAGGGUCGGGUGGGUUUGGCCACCAUGUCCCUGUAGGGAAGUUUCUCUUGUGGCGUACGAUCAACUGCCAGCGCGGCAACAAUUGUUCAUCCUGUUGUAAUGCUCCAUGAGGGCCAACUUAAAAAAUGAGGUAUUACCAGUAUACAAAACCAAUUCCAAUGAAACUGAUACCCUUAAACAUAAUAAAAAACAGAAUAUGAUGAUUUGUUGUUUUUUUAUUGAAUUCACCACAAAGACAAUAUCUUGAAUGUUCAAACUGAUAAACUUUAUUGGGUUUUUGGGGGGCAAAUAAUUAUUAACUUUUAUUAGAAUUAUAUGGCUGCAAUUCAUUCACACACAUAAUAAAAAACCUGGGACACGGUCAUAUUUAUCACUGUGUUCCAUUCAUCCAUUCUCCGAACCGCUUGAUCCUCACCAGGGUCGCGCGGGGUGCUGGAGCCAAUCCCAGCCGUCUUCGGGCAGUAGGCGGCGGACACCCUGAAUCAGUUGCCAGCCAAUCGCAGGGCACACAGAGACGAACAACCAUCCACGCCCACACUCCCACCUAGGGACAAUUUAGAGCGUCCAAUCAGCCUGCCAUGUACCGGUAUGUUUUUGGAAUAUGGGAGGAAACCAGAGCACCCGGAGAAAACCCACUAAGGCCCGGGGGGAACAUUCAAACUCCACACAGAGAGGCCAGAGCUGGAUCACUGUGUUCCCUCACCUUUAAACGUUUGUGAAAUGUGAACAGUAAUCGUCUAAGCUUUGUAGGUGGAUUUAUUUCCCAUUCUUGCUUGAUGUACAUCUUCAGGUGUUCAAAAGUCUGCGAUCUCCGUUGUCAUAUUUUACACUUCAUCACGCGCCAUACAUUUUCAAUGGGAGACAGGUCUGAACUGCAGGCAGGCCAGUCUCACACUAGCACUUCUUUAUUUUGAAGUGACAAUGUUGUAACACGUGCAGAAUGUAGUUUGGAAUUUUCUUGCUGUAAUAAACAGUAAAAAGUGUCGCUUGGAUAGCAGUAUACUGUAUGUGUAUCCAAAAUCUGUAUGUAGCUUUCAGCAUUUAUGGUGCUUUCACAGAUGUUUAAGUUACCCAAAUGCCUUUGGCGCCAACAUAAGCUGGCCUGACCGCAGUCACGCUCACUGAGCGGCAAUAUGUUUGCUAUGCACAUGCGCAGUCAAACAGUCUAAUCUGGUGCAGUGUUACAUUUGUAGCUCAAAUGCGCACUUGUGCACCUCUGACGUGUUUGUAAAAAUUAGAAUAGAGGUACAGAUCGAGGGCAAACCACUUCUUCCUUGUCAAUGGCUCUAUGUUUGCGGUUCAAUUAAAAUAAAUAAAUAAACAUAUUUAUCCUUAUUUUUCUUAAAUGUGCUGUCUCAAAAUGUUGCCCACUUUUUUCAUUACAUGUAGCGUAAAAGUCGCCGACUGCCUUUUUUUUUUUAAUUCAGUUGACUUAUUCAGUUGAUUUGGGCCGCGUCACUCGGAGUGGAGUGGACAGACUAUGGAUCAAUCAAUUUGUUUUGUUUUCUUAUACAAACAGUACCAACAUUUGCGUUUGAUUAGGAACCACCAGCACAUUCAUUUAAAUAAGGCAGCACAGGGUAUAGUCAUAGAAGACAUUUAAUUACAUCAGUUCAAAAGGACAACUUAACGUUCUCAAGUUGAACUUGGAAGCAACCCAUUUGACUGAAGUUGUGAGUCUACUGCAAGUCAUCUAUUGUGCAUGUGCAACAGAGCCCCUGAUGUGCAAAACACUCACAUAGCAUUUAAUUUUCUUAUCCACCAAUUUUCUUUCUUUAAUCUUCAGCGGGCUUCUGUCAAUGGGUGGCCACUUGCAAUUGAAAGAAAGUGGAGGGCGAAGCUCAACCAUUGUCUGACUUUUCUUUCCAAGCAAGUGAGCAGAUUGCAGCCUAAACGUAUAAGAACAGAUCAUUAAAUAAGCCAUAUACAAUAUUGAAAUGCUCUGUAACCAAUUGGACAACUUUACUCAUUAAUUCUUUCAGAUCCAUUGGGGUGUGACCCUUGUCUUUUUUAGGGAUGAUAGGUGGAUGUUUAUUUGUUGCGCGAAUGCAUCGCAGCAAGGUUUGAUAUUGUUGACAUAUUUGCUAACAUUUAAAAUGAAUAAAGCAAGCAAUUUUAAAUUGA